GCACGAUCGUUCAGGAAGAGGGCCGCAGAAACUGGCAGGGAACCAGUAAAGAGAGUGAGUGAGUGAGUGAGUGAGAGAGGAGUGAAAAGAUAGUCGGAACCCCCUCUGCCCCCCAAGCCCUCUUCAGCUCCAAAUCCAGUGUUGAGUUGCCUAGCAGGAAGGAAGGGACGAAGCAAAGAGAGAGAAAGAGACAGAGAAAGGACACAAAGAGCAGAAGCUCUCUUUCCCCGCCUUCAGAGAGCCAGUCUAAAUCAUACUGCUUAUCAGUGCUGCUGUGUUGUGAUGAUAGCUAAGCAGACUCAGAGUCCGCUGGAUUCUAAACCUCGUAAAUUCCCGUCCAGAUCCAAGACCGCCUCAGCGCUGGACACCCGCGACCUUUCACCCCAGCAUCCCUCUGCGCCUUGCGCCUCGCUCAGCGACAUGUACCCUGACGAGGCUCGCAGGGGCGGAGGGGCAGCCUCCAUCGACUACCUGGACGGUGGCUAUGACUACGCUGUUCCUGCCCCAGAACUGCUCUACAGUCCCUCGGCCACCCCUGCAGUGGGAUACUACUCUCCCUCCCUGGAUACCCACGGUCCCCCCUCAGAUGGCAGUCUGCCCUCCCUGGGCAGUGGGCCAACCAGUCCGCUGGUGUUUGUGCCGUCCAGCCCCCAGCUCAGCCCCUUCCUGCACCCUCCCAGCCACCCAGGACUUCCUGGUCAGCCCUACUACCUGGACACCAGCUCCACAUCCCUCUACAGGUCCAGUGUGGGACCCAAUCAGCAGUCUGUGUCACAUGAGGACCUCUGUAGUGCCCCUGAUAGGCCAGAGUCGUACACUGCGGCCGGGUCGAUGUCGGGGCUGAGAGUUGGUGUGCUUGAGAUGGCCAAGGAGAUGCGGUACUGCGCUGUCUGUAGCGACUACGCCUCAGGAUACCACUACGGGGUGUGGUCCUGUGAGGGCUGCAAGGCCUUCUUCAAGAGGAGCAUUCAAGGUCACAAUGACUAUAUGUGCCCAGCAACCAACCAGUGUACCAUCGACAGGAACCGGAGGAAGAGUUGCCAGGCGUGCCGACUAAGGAAGUGCUAUGAAGUGGGCAUGAUGAAAGGGGGCUUACGUAAAGACCGCGGUGGUCGCGUGUUACGGAGGGACAGGCGGCGAUGCGGCUUCGCAGUCAACAAAAAAGCCCUGGAGGAGAUGGAGCACAAGGCAGCGCCCCCUAAGAGCGGGGGGGAGAACAGCAGCAGCCCCAACAGCAACAGAAGAGAGGCCGGAGCAGGCGUCAACAUGGCCCCUGACCAGGUGCUGGUGCUGCUCCAGGAGGCCGAGCCUCCCGCCCUGUGCUCUCGUCAGAAGCUGAGUCGACCCUACACCGAGGUCACCAUGAUGACCCUGCUCACCAGCAUGGCCGAUAAGGAGCUGGUCCACAUGAUUGCCUGGGCCAAGAAAGUUCCAGGGUUCCAGGAGCUGUCUCUCCAUGAUCAGGUGCAGCUUCUAGAAAGUUCCUGGCUUGAGGUGCUCAUGAUCGGUCUCAUCUGGAGAUCCAUUCAUUGUCCUGGCAAACUCAUCUUUGCCCAGGACCUCAUACUGGACAGGAGUGAGGGGGACUGUGUGGAGGGCAUGGCGGAGAUCUUUGACAUGCUCCUGGCCACCGUGGCUCGCUUCCGCAUGCUCAAGCUCAAGUCCGAGGAGUUUGUCUGCCUCAAAGCAAUCAUCCUGCUCAACUCCGGUGCCUUCUCCUUCUGCUCUACCACUGUGGAGUCUCUGCACAACUGCCCCGCCGUGCAAACCAUGCUGGACAACAUCACGGACGCCCUCAUCCAUCACAUCAGCCAAUCGGGAAGCUUGGUGCAGCAGCAGUCCAGACGACAGGCCCAGCUUCUCCUCCUGCUCACCCACAUUAGACACAUGAGCAACAAGGGCAUGGAACACCUGUACAACAUGAAGUGUAAAAACAAGGUUCCUCUCUACGACCUGCUUCUGGAGAUGUUGGAUGCGCACCGCUUACACUCCCCCGCCAAGGUGACUCAAACCUGGGCUCAGGCUGAUGGAGAACCCCCCUCUACCACCACAACCCUCACCUCCACUGGCCCCAGCACGGAACCCACACAAGGUCAGGAUGCCCAGCUCCGAGGCUCUGGGUCUGGGAUACUUCAUUAUGGCAUCCCCCGCUCAGACCGCAGCACCCUCCAUUAAGGAGAGACAGAAAUGGGCACAUGAAGAUUAGAAAGCCCAUUAUAAAUCAAAUGGGUAAGAAAAUAUGAAAAGCGGAGUGUUAUUCAUUCUAUUGUGUAAUUUAAAUGAUUGCUUUGAUAAAUUAUUCAGAAGUGUUGUAUUUGACAAUGUAACAUAGUGGGACGUCAACGGUGUCAGUGAAAGUUACAGAUCUCAGGUGGGAGGUAGCGGUUUCUUUUUCCCUUCUCCCCCCCCCCCCCCCCCCCCCCGCUGUAAACUUUGAGACAGAAGACAUGGCGUUAUUCCUUCACAAAGGAGAUAUUCAUUUAUAACGUCAACAACCUGUAGCUUGCUCACCAUUGACCACCAAAGACCAUGGUCUAUACUGUGAGUUCAGCACAUGGUUGACCUAGAUGUGACUUUAGUGUGUGUUUACUGCUCCCAACAGCCCCCAACAGCCCCACUUGAUAACCAGCAGCGAGUGUGCUCUUCUGAUGUGGGCCUGUACAGUGAGCUCUGUACUCACAAUGCGAUGCCCUGACCAAAGUGCACUUCUCAUAUUAGGCAGUUUUUGGGGGGUUUAUUGGCAAUGUCGUAUAGCUUUUAAAUGACAACUCUGUGUUUAACUAUGAUGGAGGUUUGCUUCAUUAAAGGUCCCGUGGCAUGACAUUUGAAAGAUUUGAAUGAGGUUCUUUAACAUUAAUACAGGUUCCCCUAGCCUGCCUUUGGUCCCCCAGUGGCUAGAACAUUUUGAUAAGUGUAAACCAGGGGCAGGGAACCUUUUUUCUGCCAUUUGGAUAUUUAUAACAUCAUUCGGGGGCCGUACAGAAUCAUCAACUUAAAAAUGUGCCUGCUAUAUUUGGUCAAACAUUUAAUUAACUCGCCCCUUACGUGAUGGCUGGAACUGCUUCUCUUUGGUGAGGUUUGUGAUGUUAGCUGUCAGGGCCGGAUGCAGUCUGCUUUGACUGGGGGUGCAGUGAACAUUUAUGGGGGGUAUCAUGAUUGCGGAAAGGGACCUCCACGGUCCUCUUCCACAUAUUCCAAAUUGUGUUCCGUGUACUUAUAUGUUAUGUUUUGCCAGGUGCUUGCGUUGUCUUGUCUUAAGAAUUUCAGUGCCCAGUCUAACCUUGUGUUGUUCUGUGUACCUGACAAAUAAAAGACUUGAACUAUUAAAAUAGUGCUGCUGCAAACAAAUAAUGCACCUAAUAAUAUGGUGCUUGCAGUGCAAUGGCGGGCCGGACCAAAUGAUCUCGCUGGCCGGACGUUUCCCACCCCUGGUGUAAACCAAACCCUGGGUAUUCUGGAAUUUCGGAUUUGGAAUUUCGGAUCUGGAAUUUUCCCUUUGUUGUCAUAAGGGGAAAUGUUACCUCCUCUUUCUCUACUUUGCUUGCCCAGAGUAUUUGGCCCACCAAUGAGAAAAUGAGACACAGAAAUGGCACGUCCUUAGGAAAUCUCAUUGUGGUUAUGCUCCUAGUGGCUGUAAUUAUUCACUAAGCCUGAAUUUCGGGAAAGAGUUUUCAGAUACAGUAUUAGGGGACCACUAAGGCCUAUAUGAAAACAUAAAAAAAAAAACAUGCCAUGGGAACUUUAACGGACGUAGUGUGUGCUUUUUUCGAUUGUGAACCAUUCAUGUUAAAUAUGUGUGUCCUUUUGGUGGUCUGGUGUGAGGGGCAUUAUGUAGUGCCUUGUAAAUAUGCACACAGCAGUGUGUCGGUCUUAAUGGUUUUCAUUGUGCGUUUUACUACAGUAUGCUUACUUCUCAAUGGUAUCUAAUUUAACAGUGUGCCUUUUGUGUGCGGGGCCAGAUGGCUGAGCGGUUAAGGAGUCGGGCUGUUAAUCAGAAGGUUGCCGGUUCAAUUUCCGGCCAUGCGAAAUGACGUUGUGUCAUUGGGCAAAGCACUUCACCCUACUUGCCUCUGGGAAAAUGUCCCUGUACUUACUGUAAGUCACUCUGGAUAAGAGCAUCUGCUAAAUGACUAAAUGUAAAUGUAAUGUAAAUGUGUG